UGCCUUCUCCUUUCCUGCUGUUAUUCCGUGUAUACACAAGUGAAUAAAAAUAAAAUAAAAUAAAACAUGGCGAAGAAUGUUGUUGCAAUCUGAGACUCGACGUUUUUCGAUAUUUCUAACAUUCGAUAAUUCCAUCUUCAAUUAAAUCGUCCUUGUUUUUGAGGCUCAAUUAUGGAGAUUCGCGGGAUCGAAGUUACCAACCAACUGAGGAGUGCGAUAAGAGCAAAACUGCUGGAGUUGGGGGUCCGCUAUGACGAAGAGUUGCCGGAUUACAUUCUCGUAAUGGUGGUGAACAAAAAGACCCGUCAGCAGAUGCACGAGGAUUUGCAUCUCUUUUUGGAGGACAGUACGACGCCGUUUGUGGAGUGGCUGCACGAUCAAGUACUGAAAAAGUUGCAGAAGGUGACGGUUGCGAAGAAAAAACCAGCGAGGGAGUUCGUGCCGACGGUGGUUGUUAAGCAGGAAGAAGAGCGCAAAAAGCGGAAGAGCAGCGAGCUGACAAAUCCGGAAGAAAAGCUUGUCGGAGUUGUGACGAAGGAGGAGAAGCCGGUGGAGAAAGUUGGCGACAAAUUGGGUGAGAGAUUUGGAGAGAAAGCGGAGGAAAGGGGGACCGAAAAGGGGGAAAAACGGGCGGAGAAAGCGAGCGAAAAAGUUCGGGAAUCGACGGAGAAGGUGGAGAAAACUGCGGAGAAAACAGUGGGGAAAUCUGUUCCUGAAGGCUCGACGAUCAUUCCAUUGAGAGCGAAGACUCCGGAGAGAGUCAGCAGAGUCCCGGAGCCAGGAGAGAAUCGUUUGAGUUCAGGGAAACGGAGCUUGGAAUCGGUGCCGGAGGGAAGUGAGACAAAGAGGCCAAGAAUUCAGGAAACCUCGAGGAUUGAGAAGGCGCAGGAAGAGGAAGAAUUCGAAGAGGAGUUGGAGGACGAAGAGGCCGAGAAACCGGACGGGCGACUGAAGUCCUGCGUGAACAGGCCGAAAGUGACGUCGGUCGUGUCGGUGAAGACGCGUUUGGGUGCGGUGUCGGGGCCUCGAAAUAAGUUCGAGGUUCACAGGAAUCGAUUCGGAGAUCCUGGCCGAGGGAAUCAGCGCCAGAACAACUUCGCGCAGCAAUCCAGAAGCAAUUUUUCCCGAUCGUUGCACGAGGACCGCGCCGAUUUUUCGAGGUCGCGGCAGCCGGUCGGGGGCCGGGGGAACCGGGCUCCGGGGAAGGGUGUCGAGGCGCCGCGUAACCGGCAGUUCUUCGAUCGCCUCGAGGAGAAACGUCCCGGUCAAAAAGCCGAGUCGAAACCGCCCGUCAACGUGAAAGAUCGUCUGGGAACGAGCCAAGUCCGCGUGGCGUCAGUGCCGGGGGUCGUGGCUCCGAAAAAGUCGUCGAACGACGUUAAAAAUCGGUUGGGCCCGUUGAAAAAUCGGCCGAGAAUCGUGGCCCACCGAGCAGAGCUUCCACCGGUCGAUCGUGCCCCGAAAAUCCUCCAGAACGACGACGACGACGACGACGACGACGACGACGAUGACGACCUCGACCUCGAAGCUUCCCCGGGCCAACCGAUUGCCCUGAAAUCCCGCAUCAUCGCCGUUAACCGACCGGACCUCACCGAGCUCCAAAAGGACGUCGAGAUCGAUGAAAUUUCACCGAUCGACGAUCUCGAAGCCGCCAGAACAAUCGCCAGCAAAGUUAUCGUCACCCCGAGACCUCUAAAGCCUCUCCAACCCGCACAAAAACGAGCGACCCAAUCACUGUUACUCAGGGCGGUCGCCGAAGCCAAUCAAUCGGUCGUCAAACAAAAGAAUCCCGAGCCCGUUUUAACGGAGAAACCGAGGCUAAAACGUCUAAGGCCAACCGGACAUCGAGAUUUAGGAAAUAAUUUGUCCGUUCAUUUAAACGCCACGAAGAGACUCGUGAUGGAGAAAAUUCAGGUGCAGCUCAGCACCGCUGAACACGACGAAGACACCGAACCGAAAAAAUAUACGUCACAUCCGGUAAGUGACGAACACAUGGGCGUCAUCAUGUCGCUUUUUCAACGAAGCGACGACAAUCAAAAAUUUCUAGUCACCCUCAAUGGAUACAAUAAUAACGUGAUUAAGGAAAAAAAUAUAGUCGAGGACGAAGACGAGGAGGAAGGUGAGGUCGAGGUUGACGAGGACGGACUGGAAAUGGAGAUGAUGGAGGACGACGAAAUGGCCGAUUCGCAGACGCAAAUCGACUCCCAAAUGUCGCCAACGAUCGAAGCGAUCCGGGAGAACGAGAUUUCGGGAAAAGACACAAUCAUGGACGAGAACAACGAGAACGAAAAUAUCGAGAACGUUGAAACGACGGAAGAACCGAGCGAGCGUAAAAAACGGAAAUUGAGCCCGAUCGUUUACACGAGGUCGAGGUCACAAAGCCCCAAAAUCGCCAGCAUUUUGGCUGCUUCCGUUUCGGGCAAAGAACUUUUCGAAAAACGAGUAAUUUCAGAAAUCUCGCAACCCAAUACCGAUAAAUCCCGCGACAAAUGCCGGUAUUGGCCCAAUUGCACUUUGGGCAUUAAAUGUGCAUUUUUUCAUCCGGAAGUUCCGUGCAGCGCGUUUCCCGCGUGUAAAUAUGGUGAAAAGUGUGCGUACAAACAUCCGAAAUGUAAGUUCGGACUGUCGUGUACGAAAUUGGGUUGUGCCUUCAGCCAUCCGAAGAAGCAGUGCAAAUAUCAUCCGUUUUGCACGAAGCCAGCGUGUCCGUUUUCGCAUCCAGUUGUGGUCGCCCCAGUGGAGACAACGAGGGCGAAAUUCUCGUGGAAAAGACGCGACUGAAAAUUUCGGUAUCGUUAAAAAUUUAAAGGAACAAUUAUUUAUUUGAAUAAAAAAGCAUACGUGCGUUCUCGAAAAAGGCACGUAAUUAUCCCGAAAAAGUGUACAGACUCGCAUUUUCCGUUGAUUUUCACUCGAUGCCAAAAUCAAGUAUUCGGAGUAAAGUCCAAAUGGAACGAAGUCUCGCGAAAUUGAAUUUCCGGAUCGAUUUUUCGAAAAACGACAUUUGAAAAUUUCGAAAAUGUCAUUGAGUGCUCUUAUCGUGUUGACUCAAAUCAGGCUUAUUUCAGCGUUUAAAAACGAGUAGAAAACUGAACGGAUCGUAUACAGUACGAUUCGAAUAUGUCAAAUCAAUGAAUUUUUUCGAUUUUUCAUUAAAAUGAUAAAUUUUUUCGAUCAUCAGCGAAAUAUAUGUAAAAAAUAAAGGCUCAGCGAAAUAACGAUAA